UAACGAGAGAGAAAGAGAAACCCGAAUCAUUGUUUCCACUUCCCUUUGUUUUGUUACGUUGGGACUGUAUCUUGAUUGUUGUCAUCCGCACAAUCUAAUACUAGUCCGCAUCCGCAACGCGCAGCUGCAGUGCAGUAAAGUGCAACGUACCUCGUAAUAUAAUAUUCUCAUUAAUCCGCCAUUAGUGUUCAAUUCAAUAUCCUACAGUACCUAGUGUUCCGUUAUACGUAUUGAUUUUACGACAGUAGGUACCUUGAACUAUGUUGACAGUUCAAAGGAUAUAGGUUCUCAGUGUGUCCUUAUAUCUAGUGUAGUCGUUGAAGUUAUGAUAUGUGUCAGUUGCGUUAAGAUGGAUUAUGGCGUGGAAGAAGGUACAAUACCGAGAGAUUUCAUAGAAUACGACUUCGCUGAAGAUGCUCUGGAUUUUGAGUCUCAACUGGCAGAGGCGCGAGAAGUUAAGUUUACACAGACCCUGACAGAGCCCCUGAGUAUUGGAUCACAUAUAAUAUGCACGGGCACGCCCAGCGACGAUUUGCCCUGGUUUGCUGUGAAUAUAGGAAGCGGGGACAUUGACUCGGGACGCGGUGACAUAGCUGUACAUUUCAACGUACGUCUUCCACAAAACUAUGUGGUUCGUAACACACGAAGACACAACAAAUGGGGACCCGAGGAAACUACUGCUUUCAGGUUGUUUCCUUUUAAAAUAGAUCAUCCAUUCACGAUUGAGGUAGUUGUUGAUGAAAAAGAGACGUUGUGGGCAGUUGGUGGAGUCCAGUAUUGCAGCUACGCUCAUAGAAAUCCAAGUCCGUUGAUAGCAGAAUGGGUGCAGGUCACAGGUAUACGAGACGCAACACUACAAAUACAGAAGACUGAUAUAUUCCCCACAUUAGCACCAUCUCCCGUUGAAGUGCCAUUAAGACCUAGUAUAGACUCGCUGGCAGAAGCCUCGGAGCCUGCUUGGCAACCAAACGCAAUUGCAACUUUAUCGAACGGCAUUCCUGAAGGUCAUCAACUUGUUAUUUACGGCAGACUGCGACCACUACUUCACUCGUUCGCUAUAGAUUUGAUGGAUACUGCCCGUGAAUGGCCUCGACCCAACGUAUUGGCCCACGUCAAUGUUCGGGCGUAUUUCGAAUCUCAACGAGAGAGGCAGCUGGUGGUUUUGAACGCGUGGUUCGGAGAAUGGGGACCUGAGCGACGACAACGCACUGCUCGACUAAUACCUGGCAGCCAUACAAAAUUACGAAUUGUUCGUCAGCCGGCGGAUUGGGCGAUUUAUGCGGAUGACCUUCUGAUUGGUGAACUGGAAUUUCGCGCUUCAGCCAACGGUGUACGUGCAGUCCGUAUUCGUGGCGACCUCUAUCCAGAGCAGAUGUACCUAUGUCCGGCCACUAGCUCUCCUAUAAGGGAAUAGCUUUAAAAAAACAUGUUUCGUGCAAAAAUUUUGACUUAGAUAUACACGGCUCUGACAGAUUUCUUCAAAAUCUUCAUAGGCA